ACUUCUAUUAUUACACUGGGUCGCUGGCUUAAACUCAGUCAGCGUUGGCUCCCUGAACCGUGAGAACGUCUUCGCGAACACCUGAGGGAACGCGUCUUCGGCCGGCGAUUCCGCGGCGCGCUCAGUCGUAUUCGAGAACGUCGAACCGCUAGUGCCGCUGCUACCCCGUACUACAUUGGUGCUUUUUUAUACGUUCAACCCUAGGCUACCCUUCGCGCGAACACAGUGGAUAAUUGGACGCUAGGAUCAUGCCUUACUACGGGGAUGGUCUGCCCUAUUACUAUGGGGGGGCUUUCUCGAAUCACAGUUCACUGAUGACUGGUGGUCCACGUGCCUUUCACACGCCGUUGUCUCGGUUCUCCCCCCACCUGUCGACGAUCUCCGAGUCGCCGUUGUCCACCCUGCGUCGUUACUCCCCUGUAUCGGUGCCCACGCGGCCCCGACGCGUGAUCGACACCGCGGACAUCGACGUGUCGACCCCGAGGAUCCACCAUCAGGAUGCAAACCGUCAGAGGAACCGGCUGCGCCGCGAUCGGCCGACGAUCAAGAUCAGAUCGCAAGCGUUGAAGGACAACCCGGCUCUGCGGGAGCACAACGAACGACACGAGAAAACGGUGGGCGAGUUGUUGGUGGAGAAGUUCCUGAUCAAGGACAAGAAGCUGGAAGAAGCCGAGAGGCGUAUGCAGUUGUUCCAUCAGAUCAGCUUGGACCGCGAGGAGGAGGACGAGGAGCUGCAACAGAUAAACAACAAGAUCACCAGGAGAUUCACCAGAAGGAGAUCCUCCGCGGAUAUUCAAUUGGACCCUGAACAGUUGGAGAGGGAGGUCGCUUACGCUCAGGUGCAGGCUAAGGUGCUGGACACUCUGGUAGCCGAAGAGCAGGCCGAGAUCGAGAACGAGGUACGUCGGGGGACUCUGAUUAAGAAGAGCAACGCCGGAGGGCCUAGAACGGUCCCUGGUUUCUUCAGAAACGUGGAUGGAGACUCUGCGUCCCAGGGGGAGGAGGAGGCCGCGCAGAAGAUGAGAAAGACGUUGAAGAAGCUGAAGAAGAAGAAGAAAACCACUGAGAAACCGUCGCCCCCCGACGACGAGGAGGAUGAUUCGAGAGUACGCAGGUCUAGCACCUCCAGCGACGUGUCCGUUGAGCUCGAAACGGAUGAAAAGGAGGCACGGAAGCACAAGAAGCCUCAGAUGUUCAAGGUCGAGGCUAGUAACAGCGUUGGAGACUUCGCGACCAUCUUGGUGAACAGCAGAGGUGCUGACAAUGCGGUCGUUGAACAGUUCAGGGAGAGCGUGAAGAUCCCUGUGCCUAGAAGAGUGGGCAUACGUAAGACUGAUAGGGACAGCGUGGACGAAGAGUCUGAAACGGAGGUCGUGUUACCUGUGAAGAGACCGUACGUGAAGGACACCUCCAGGAACAGUGUUCACUUCACUGUGAAGACACCGCCUGAGAAUGUGAAGAACGAUCCUUUCAGAAAAAUCAGACCUGUGGGGAAUGUAGAAGAAGAGCCUCAGUCUGUGGAAAGCAAAGAAGAAAAUAAAGAAGAGACAGAAAGCCCUAAAAUAGAGUCACCCAAGAUUCUUGGUGUUUCUGGAUUAAAAAGUGAAGAAAGUCAGCAGAGCAGCAGGGAGGUCCCUGAAUCCCCCAAGUCUCCUGUCACUCCCAGGUUAAAGAAAAAAGAAAUUAAAUGCUUCAAGGUGAACAGUACUGAAGUAGAGAGCAAAGAGGCUCCUCAGUCUCCUAAGUUUGCUGUUACUUCCAUACUGAAGAAAGAAACUCCGAAAAGUCCAGUGAUUUCUAAAUUUAACAAAACUGGACCAUUGGAGAAGAAGACUCCCGGCUCUCCUAAGUCUCCAGAUGCCUCCGUGUUGAAGAAAGAAGAAUCUCCAAUGGCUGGAAAGGCAGCUUCGACGAUGGUCGACGAAACGAGCGUGGUGCUAGGUGUUGACCCGCUGGCGAAUGAAAACAGCGCCAGUGCAGCGCUUCCAUCGGUCGCGGACAGGCUGCCAAAAGCGUCUAAAAUUAAUACGGAUGAAAAUAAUGCCGUAGAAGCGCCAAAGCGUUCGUUACCAGAGGCGGAGUACCUGGCAAAGCCGACGAAAAGCGUGCGUGACGAGGACGUCGGUUAUCCGUUACCGGGAAAGAAGGCGAACAAAGCCCCGACCUUGAAGAACGCCUCCGACUCGGCUGCAUCUGGUACGCCGGUACGCGAGAACCAGGUUAAACGACCUUCGGACAGAGAGGAACGAUUGGGAAAGACUGUCACCGAUGACGCAACCGGUAAGAAGCUCGUGACGAAGACGACCUUGUUCGAGGGUCCCAAGAGCGUCGCGCAGAAGGUAGAGGCUUCGGGGAGCACUGGUGAGAAAAAGGGAACACCGGUGGAGGAUGUUAAGGGUGACAAGGUGAAGGAGCCCAGUCUGGAGAAACUUGUAAAGACGUGUGAUGAAGAGGCUUCAAGAAUCCCUGUGAAAGUGACCUUGAAGAAGGAGGAGGCAGAUCCCUGGAAACGUACAAAGACUGAGAGUAACAAAGCAGAGAAGAAGCCGAUGCUGAAGGAUAGUUUGCAGAAUACCUCGAAGACUGAAGCGAAAGAAUCAAAGAUCCCUUGGAGGAACAAGGUGUCCAAGUCACCUGGUGACAGUGUACCUUUGGACAGAAGUAUCAGCGUUGAUCCUCAAUUUAUUUCUCGUCCAGAAUCGAUAGAUCCAAAGUCCCUGAAGCAGUCUACCUCCCUGGAGGAGAAUCUGAUCAGCAAGAUGCCCGUGGAUAAACAACACUUGAUCAGAUCUUAUGAAAGCCUGAAUGGAGACAGUGGAACGUUGUCUAAGAGCACGUCAUCAGAGUCCAUAGACUUCUGGAGCGAGAUCAAGGGUCCGGAGAGUCCAAAAGUGGCGAAGGUAGUGAACAGGGAAUUCAGUUUCGUUGCUUCCAAGAAUGUAGAGCCGCGCCAGACGGUCGAGGACCCCACUGGCAAAGAACUGGACAAGAAAAAAGAGACCGCUGCUAAAAUAAGCGUCGCUGCGGCGCAGCACGGGCUCAGUAAUAUCCCCGUAAUCGAGGAGGAGUCGUCGAAAUGCGACGCUGAGCAGAGAGUAUCAAGCUGCGAGGCGACCCCAGUUGCCGCAGAGAAGUCGGAGGCGGAGAAGGACAGCUCGACGCCGAGGAAGGGAUUGAGAAAGAAGAACCUGUCUCUGGCCAUUAACUCGGAGGCGUACUCGACCGUGAAGAAGGCUCCUUUGAAGCGCGACGAUUCGAACGCCUCGACCGUUUCCGCAAAUUCGGUGUCCAGCACGCCGGACACCUCGGUGCCCGUGUCCGAGGUCUCGACGCCGGUCGCGGAGGUGCCUCUGCCGUUGAUAAACAUCAUCGACACACCGACGCCGACCGCGACGCCUACCAGGACAGGCUCCCAGAUCUUAGACGAGGAGGACGAGGUCAAAACGCCUACCAACGAGUGGCCAGACCCGGACUUCCCUAAGAUCUCCAAAUGGACCAACCACAGUGACCUCUCCAACGUGGACCAGGUGGACAACGACGUGACUCCUGUUCCUUCCAAGGACGUCAGUGUGGCUUGCAGCCCGGAGAACAGUCCAGAUUCGUCCAAAAAGAAGAAAAUAGUUAGAAAGAAGAAAUCUUCUACCACGAAGAGCUCCACCAAAAAGAGCUCCACCAAGAAAGAAUCCAAGGACAGCAAAAGGACCAAGAAGAAUUCCUCCAAAGUGCAGGAGAAUCUGAAGCCCUCCGAACCGUCCACGAACAGUCCCAAGAUCUCGCCCACCCAACGACCCAUCGAUCUCAUCAAAAUGUUCUACACAACACCUAUGGCGCUAUUGACCGCGACACCCCGAGAUCUGUCCAAGGUACGUCGAGCUAAGAUCAAGAGGAAAAAGCACCACUCGAGGACACCGUCCAUCAGCAGCGACAGUACAGGAAGCACCACCAGCACCGCCACCACGGAGAGCAGUGGGUCCACCUGCGCGGAGCUCGACGACGAUCCGGAGCACAAGAGGAUGAACUCGACGAGGAGCAACGACUCCGGAUUCGACGGUUCACCGAGGAUAUCGACACCCUCGCAGUCGUCGGACACCCAAAGGAACUCAGACUCCUCGGACCACUUCCCCAGUGGACGAAUCACACCGCCGGCGACUAACCUGCCAAGAUUCAAGAAGUACGCCCUGACAGACUUUAAUUUUCUCAAAGUCCUAGGGAAAGGCAGCUUCGGCAAGGUGCUGCUGGCCGAGUUGCGCGGGACGGAGUGCGUUUACGCGGUGAAAUGUUUGAAGAAAGACGUGGUGCUGGAGGACGACGACGUGGAGUGUACCCUGAUAGAGAGGAAGGUGUUGACUCUGGCCACCAGGCAUCCGUAUCUCUGUCACCUGUUCUGCACCUUCCAAACGGACUCCCAUUUGUUCUUCGUGAUGGAAUACCUGAACGGCGGUGAUCUGAUGUUCCAUAUACAGAAAUCUGGUCGAUUCUCAGAGACAAGGGCCCGUUUCUACGCUGCUGAGAUCUGGUCCGGAUUGAACUUCUUGCACAAAAAGGGAAUAGUGUACAGGGACUUGAAGCUGGACAACGUGUUGCUGGAUUUCGAGGGCCACAUCAGAAUAGCCGAUUUUGGCAUGUGCAAGCUGCAGAUAUUCCUUGAUAGAACGGCUGAUACAUUCUGUGGCACGCCUGAUUACAUGGCACCUGAGAUCAUAAAGGGACUAAAAUACAAUCAGGCGGUGGAUUGGUGGUCGUACGGCGUGCUUCUGUACGAGAUGCUCACGGGACAGUCGCCAUUCUCCGGCUGCGACGAGGACGAGCUAUUUUGGAGUAUAUGUAACGAAAGACCGUUCAUACCGCGGUACCUGAGCCAAGAGGCCACAGACAUACUGGUCUGCCUUCUAGAAAAGGAUUCAGGGAAGAGGCUACCUGGACACGAUAUCGCGUUGCACUCCUUCUUUCAAUCACUGCCGUGGGAUCGGUUAGAAAGGAGGCAGCUAGAGGCACCGUUCAGGCCAGCCCUGGAUCACACUCUGGAUACCAAGUACUUUGACACAGCAUUCACCGCUGAAAGGCCGCGAUUGACCCCGGUACCCGAGCAGAUCCUGACCUCGAUGGACCAGGGUGUCUUCCGUGGAUUCUCCUACACGAAUCCAAACAGAGGGACGUCGAGGAUGUUCAGUUCCCUGAGACUGACCACCAUGCGUUCGCACAAGAAUCGUGCCAGACCUGGAAGCGUAGCUACGUCAGCGAGUUCCGACUCGGCGAGAGCAGACGACAUUACAACUCAGUCUUACCAUCCGCAUAGUUUCUUGUUGCUCGAUGAUCAGGACAGCCUCGUGUCGACUCCGUCCAGCGUGUCCUCGAAGGUUGCCCAGGUUAGAGUGGAACGCGAGGGGGGCAGUCUAGGAGUGACCCUCAGGGGAGGCGUAUCGAGAGCCCUGGUCGUCACCGGAGUGAAAGCCGACGGACCUGCGGCGAAAGAGGGAAGAGUCAGGCCUGGAGACAGGUUACUAGCUGUGGAUGAUACCGAGUUGAGAGGGCUGACCUUGGCGGAGGCCCAGAGGGCACUCAGGAGGAGCUCGGACGCUCCGGUUGCUUCCUUGACCAUAGAGUACGACGUUGCUAACAUGGAGGAGGCGAGGGCUGCCACUUCUGGUCCGCUUUUGGUGCAGCUUGAACGAGGCCUCUCAGGUGAGUUAGGUCUGACAGUCAGGGAGACAGCAACCGGGGUGUACAUUGAGAGCCUCCGACCAGCCAGCACAGCAGACCGUUGUGGAGCUCUGCAGCCAGGGGACAAGCUUCUGGCAGUGGACGAGACACCUGUCCAGGAUGCUGUGACAGCAGCUAAAUUGCUCAGGAACAACUUUGACAAUUCUCGUAUAGCCAGGCUGCAGAUUCUACCAAGGCCCCCCAGCACUUCUCAGAGGACGGUGAAGAGGAGGGCACAACCUCAGGCGCAGCAGAGCUCCAGUCAAACCCUGCAGACCAAGGAGAGCUUGACUAUAGUGCUGAGACCUGAUCAUAAAGGGUUCGGUCUGGCUCUGAAGCCUGCAGAGGAUCGCUUGAACUAUGUGGUCAGCUUGCUGGAGGCUGGUGGUCCUGCAGAGCGUAGUGGAGUCAUUUUGCCUGGUGAUAAGGUGCUCGCUGUAAACCGUAGAAUGCUGAGGGACCUGCAGCCAGCAGAGGUCACUAGCAUCUUAGAAACUUCCCAAGUGAUUGAACUGGUGACAGAGUACAAGGUGGGUGGACCAGUUGUGCCCAGUUCAGGAGUGUUCACUGUGAGAGUGGCAAGACCUGUAGGUGGUCAGCCAGACGUUGGCCUAACCGUGAACGAGGAUUUGAUCAUCACCGAGGUUAGGAAGGGUUCGUUGGCUUACAGGACCGGCAGCCUCGCGCCCAGGGACAGACUGUUAGCGAUAGACGGGCAAAAACUGGAUCCCGGCGAUCUCAGACAAGCGGCGCAGCUGUUGCAUCGACCUGGCAGCUCGGUCGUUGCUUUGACGGUCAGGAAACCGGAUCCUACCUCGGAAACUAGAGAAUAUUGCAGGGACUCUAGCAUAGGAAGCGACACAGUGCAACAGUACCCUCCAGGAAUUCUACGUCCAGCAAGGGAGAGUUUGCCAAGCGUAGACAGUGCAGUGGACUCUUGGGGUGAAUUAGGAGAUAACAGUGGAACGGGUCCAGAAAUUCUGAGACUUUGGGACACGGCUUCUGUGGAUAGCGGUCAACUGGAUCUACCCAUGCCUCCUUUUCCUGGGCCACAAGAGUGCAGUAAUUCGGAUAGACCUCAGCAGAUUGUCCACGUGUCGCUGCACAAGGAUCCAGUCUACGAGGACUUUGGGUUCUCGGUGUCGGAUGGAUUAUACGAGCGUGGGGUAUACAUAAACCGUCUACGACCAGGAGGUCCAUGCGACGGUAUACUAAGACCAUACGACAGGAUCCUUCGGGUGAACGAGGCCAGCACAGAGGACUGCGAUUGCUGUUUGGCCGUUCCCCUGAUCGCCGCUGCUGGUCCACGCUUAGACCUGACGGUGGCUAGACCAAUGUCCCCUCCGAACAUCAUAAAAACUCUGUAGGGAGAGGAGAUGAAAAAUGACAGAGAAUAUAUUGGUGUCGAGUCGACCGGUGAACAUAUCUGGUAUAUUUUUGUACACACCUGUAUUUUAUUUAUAAAAAUAAAUGUAUAGAUUGCUUUUAGCUAAAA